AUGAUAGAGAAUAUUUUUAACGCUAAUUUCCCUCGUGAUGAAGAGGACAGAGUGUAUCACCUGGGAAUUAAACAGGGCAAUGUUGCAAACCGUAUUUUGACAGUAGGAGAUCAUGUCCGUGCGAGAAAAAUUGCAGCCUUAUUGGAUCCUGAAGAAGAAACUGGCCAUCCCAUUUUUGAACAUUUGAGCCAACGUGGAUUUUUGACUAUUACAGGUAGAUAUAAAGGUGUACCUGUCAGCAUCAUGGCUAUCGGUAUGGGAAAUCCAAUGAUGGACUUUUUUAUCAGAGAAACUCGUGCUAGUGUAGAAGGCACCAUGGCCGUCAUUCGUUUUGGUUCCUGUGGAACACUCUCCCACUUGGCACCACCGGGUGCGGUCAUAGUUCCUUCAGGAGGUUACUGUAUUCGACGUAACAUUGACUAUUUUGCGGAUGAACAACAAAAUCCAGAACUGAAAGAUAAGCCUUAUGUAUUCUCGGGUAUUUUUAAAGCAGACGACGAAAUGACGACUAUUUUAGCAGACACAUUAAAGACAGUGAUGGCUCCAGUUGAAGCUAAAUAUGAUUUUGUUGGUCCCGUUCUUACAGGCGGACUCAAUGCAGAUGGAUGUUCUUUUUACUCUUCACAAGGUCGACAGGAUGCUGCCUUUUGGGAUGAUAAUGCGAACUUACUGCGAGAUAUAAUUACAAAGUACCCUAAAACUCAUUCAUUGGAAAUGGAAACAUCCAUGUUAUUCCAUUUGGCGAGAUGUGCUCGCGACACUCAACGACCAAUCCGAGCAGCUGGAUGCAUGCAAGUAUUUGCUGAUCGCUUGACGAAUAGUUUUAUUGGUCCUGACGCUGUUAAAGUAUUGGAACCCUUGGUUGGUAAGGCAUGCUUGGACGCCUUGAUUAAGGUUAAAAUUGAGGAUGAAAUGCCCGUGGCAGGCACAGUCUGGGAGCCUGCGAAUGAGAAGCGUUUACAAUCACUAUAA